AAUAGCGACAACGGUAUAUUCAGGCACAUAUACUCUUAAUGCUUUAUAGUUUGAGAGGCCUCUGGAUGUUUGACGGUUAAAUUCCAGGGACAAUAUAUGGCAUCCGUCUCCAUUGAAAAUCUAUUGAAAGGAUUGUCUGAUGAAGACUUAAAAGAAUUAGCAGGAGAUGUAGACCCGUCCGUGGAAACUCCAGCUUUUGAUUGCAACACUACGACGCGCUACUUCGACAAGCCAAGAAGGUCGAAGAGCCGAUACGACAUUUUUGACAGCAACACUACGACGCGCUACUUUGACCAGCCAAGAAGGUCGAAGAGCCGAUACGACAUAAAAUCAAUGAUUAGCAUCAUGGAGAAGAAGUCCCGUGAGUCCAUCGAUGGUGACAACUACUUGCCUCUCAAAUAUCGCGAUUGGAAGAAGGAAGGCAAACCUGACAGGAAGAAGCACUAUCGUGAAGAAAAAGUCGAGCUCUCCGAUGAACUGCAAUCCAUGAUGGAAGAUAUUACCAAUGAUGAUAUCGCGGAGAUUGCUGCUGUUCUUGGAUUGCACAGUCUCGUGACACAAGAGGAAAGUUUCGCCGCUGAAAGCGAGAAAUUGGGACACGCAAUAAUGAAAUUUGGCCUGCGAAAACCGGGUAUUAUCCAAGGAAAAAAGCCCAAAUCAAUCCCGGAUAUGUUGCAAACGCCCGAUCACGUCCAAAUAACAGUCAUCUUGAGAAAACUGAAAUGUAAUGAUCCCACAUUAACAGAAAUAGCCAUGAAUAACUACAAGGAUGUCGAUAACGUUCUCGUUGAGGUCGCUAAAAUGUUACGAGAAAAUAAAUACGUAAAAAAACUGGCCGUUGCAAAUACUCAAAUGAAGCCGUCGGUUUGUGCUCAUUUUAUAGAAACGAUGAAAAUCAACAGAACUUUGGAGUGUAUUAAUAUGGAAUCAAAUUACCUAACUGGUGAAAUCAUUUCGAAGUUAAUGGCAGUUUUAGAAGGGAACAAGUCUUUGAAAGAAUUACGACUAGCCAAUCAGGCCUGCACUGGGGGUUCCAAAUCCGAACAGGCCAUUGCGAAGUCAAUUGAGGCAAACCACAGCCUGAAGAAGUUUGGUUAUUUUUUUGCGACGAGAGGUCCCAUGAUGUCUGUUGCGAAGUCCCUUCUUCGAAAUAAUGACGAAGCUCGACGAAAAAGGAGAAGCUUUUACGUGUCACCAUUGGAAGAUGUCCCAAGAUAUUGAAUUCAAAGUAGCCCCCAUGUAUAUACUCAUUGCUUGGAAACCCGUGAGUUUAUAUCUAAUUACAACAUCGUAAUAUAUCAUAGACAAUUUGUUUUAUCUCAACAUAGAUAUUGAAAAAUUACCUUAGGAAUAAUUGCCGAAAAAUUGCGAUAGAUAUGAAUUCAAUUUUAAUGCAAAUCGUCCGUUCUGACUGUUUUUGAUAGCGAUGUGGGCGAUAGAAAGCUAACGAAAACACUGAAUGCUAAAUCAGGACACGCGCUCAUUUUUUACAAAUCUGCUUUAAAU